AUGUUGAUUGUGCUAAGGUCCGUCCCUCCGGAGCAUCGAAGUAUCUCGCUCGGUUUUAAUGGAUUUCUCGUCAGCUUGUUAGCCACAUUACCGUCGCCUGUGUUUUGGGGCAAAAUAUUUGAUAUGAGCUGCUUGAUGUGGCAGAAUUUAUGUAGUAAGACUGGAGCAUGUCCUAUUUAUGACACUGAUGAAUUGCGAAUACGAAUCCAUCUCAUCUAUGGUGGCCUACGAGUGCUCUCAUUGCUCUCUGACAUUUGGGUGGUGUACUGGGCCAAAGGACUCAAACUAGUGGACGAGGAGGAAGAAAAGAAGAAAGAGGAUGGGAGUGUUCGAGAACUUGAGUUGCUGAACAGAGAAGAGCAUGCGAACCCCAAAUUUGAAGCUACAAAUGAUGAAAAGGUUUUGAAAGAUUGA